AUGUCGCAGGUUCAGAAGCAAGAACAAUUCAUUGCCAAUGACGUGACAUCGAACUCCUCGAACACCACGAGACCAAUGCUCAUUAGAGAGUACAAGAAGAUCGGACACGGUGCUUUUGGGACCGUAGUACAGGCAUUUCUCACCCCAGACAACAAUAAAUGGUAUGGUCCUUUUGCGAUCAAGCGGGUUCCCGCCCAAACGGAGUACAAGUCGCGAGAACUGGAGAUUCUCCGGAUCGCUGACCACCCUAAUGUGGUCAAGCUAGAAUACUUCUUCUCCCAUGUAUCGCCCCAGGACAACAAAGUCUACCAACACUUGGCCAUGGAGUGUCUUCCAGGGACGCUACAGCUCGAGAUCCAUCGGUAUGCUUUGAACAAGCUGGAAUUACCUUUGAAACAUACAAAGCUAUACACCUAUCAGGUCGCACGCGGGAUGCUUUAUUUGCAUGCGUUGGGGAUAUGCCACCGCGAUAUGAAACCUUCGAAUGUGUUGGUGGACCCUAACACCGGUGUGUUGAAAAUCUGCGAUUUCGGGUCUGCUAAAAAACUCGAGCACAAUCAACCUUCGAUAAGCUAUAUCUGCUCUCGAUUCUACAGAGCACCUGAGCUAAUUGUUGGAUGCACGCAAUAUACUACUCAGAUAGAUAUAUGGGGACUUGGGUGUGUCAUGGGUGAGAUGCUGAUAGGAAAGGCCGUUUUUCAAGGACAAGAGCCACUGUUGCAAUUAAGAGAAAUCUCCAAACUGCUAGGUCCUCCAGAUAAGAAGUUCCUGUUUUUCUCCAACCCGUCUUACGAUGGUCCACUCUUCUCCAAGCCAUUGUUCACAGGAACUGUCCAAGAGAGAUUUGAGAAACACUUUGGUCAGGCGGGCCCCGAGGGAAUCGACUUGCUGAUGAAGAUUUUGACCUAUGAGCCUGAGCGUAGACUUUCACCAAGGCGUAUCCUAGCUCAUCCUUUCUUCGAUGAUUUGAAAAACGAACGCUACUUUUUCCCCAGAGGUCACAAUCAACCAAAGUGCCUACCGGAGUUAUUCAACUUCACGCCAUUUGAGCUCCAAGUUAUUGGUGAACUGGAAACUGAGAUUUUACCUCGUGAGUAA